AGCAGAGUCUGAUGCUUCAUAUUAGACAAGAAUGUGGCAAAGAACCGCAGUUCCAAUGCCCUUUUUGCCAACACCGAUCAAAGCGAAGAGGGAACCUUAAGGGCCACAUUUCGCGAAGUCAUCCAGACCAAUCUGUGAAUGCUGCGAUAUCAUUCCGUUGGAACUAAAGUGCAGGUGCAAGCAGGUCACACGCCGACAAAGUUAAGGCAAGGCGAAAUCUUUUCUUGUGAGCGAUGCAGCCGUUCAUUUUCUUACAAGUACAACUUAAUUAAGCACCAACGAUACUCUUGUGGCCAGGCACCUCAGUUUGCCUGCCCUGUUUGUCCUUUGCGUAGCAACCACAAGUGGAGCGUCAACGUACAUAUGCGAAACAGGCACCCUGAGAUAGGCGCUGAAUCGAAACCACUGCAAUUGCGGAUUCCAAACUGAGAGGCCUGUUGGGCACGCAUUAGCGCCUGUUGCGCCCACGGGGACCAACACCAUGGUGUCCCUGUUUCUCCCAGGCUUUGAGGACAACGAAAUAAGACCAGGACAAUCGGGCCACACGUGCCCGAAGUGUAACCGUCGCUACACUCAA